UGACGGACGUCUACCGGACCUAUAUCCGCCAAUAACAAGCUGCUAGCUUGACACGAUUUAAAGCGUAUUGUUUGUGCUAGUCAUUCCAAGUGUGUACACAUUUAGUAAAUGGCCAUCUGAAGGUACAAUAAAUAGAAAAACCUUCACUUUAGUUUUACACAAAUGACAUUAUGGGUAAAUGUGUGUGUAGGUGGUAAUAAACGUGAAUCAGCAAACAAAUGAUUCCGGCUUGUGGUAGCUUCAAAGCUAACGCGAUGGUUAGUGACAUGCUCCUUUAGCAAGUAGUCAUGCUAGCUUGCAGACGAGUCGGAGUUUUUGGUAAAUAGCAUUGUCUGAGACUGAUUGGGUGUCAGUUUGUUGGUCAAAACUCGACCUAAAGCGAACACUGUUGGCUUUUAGCCGGUUCAGAUCGUUUCCUGACAGACAAGGUUCCUACAGAUCCGCCACACUGGAUUUCUCCAAAAUGAAGAUGUUCUCAGUGUCCCACAAGACUGUCUUUGUGGUGGACCACUGUCCCUACAUGGCAGAGUCAAGUCGUCAGCAGGUGGAGUGUGAUGUGCUGACGAAGAGUCGAGCUCAAGGGGUUAUUCCUUUGGCCCCCGUGUCCAAGUCCCUGUGGACCUGUGCUGUGGAGUGCUCCAUGGAGUACUGCCGGAUCCUCUACGAUGUCUAUCCACUGCACAAACUGAUUACUUACACUGUGAGUGAUUCCGAGUUCCACAUCUUGAAUAGCUGGAGGCAGGAAGACCAGAGCACUCAUGAGCUCAUGUCAGCUCUUGCAGCAGUCGGGCCGCCCAACCCACGAGAGGACCCCGAGUGUUGCAGCAUCCUGCACGGGCUGGUUGCUGCGGUGGAGUCGUUAUGCAAGAUCACAGAGCUGCAGCACGAGAGGCGCACCUCUAUGAUGGACACAGCCGAGAGAGUUGCCAAUAGGGGUCGCAUUAUCUGCUUAACCAAUGCUAAAAGUGAUACUCAUGUGCGGAUGUUGGAAGACUGCAUCCAAGAGACUAUUUUAGAACAAAACAAGCUGGCAGCAGGCUCAGACAGGCUGAUGGCCAUCCAGCAAUGUGACCUUGUCCUAGUUCACAUCCACCCACAGGGUGAGGACACGCUGGUGUCUGACCGGCCGAAGAAAGAGAUCUCCCCUCUGCUCACCAGCGAGGUUCACAGCGUUCGUGCAGGGCGGCACCUUGCCACCAAACUCAACAUUCUGGUCCAGCAGCACUUUGACUUGGCCUCCACCACCAUAACAAACAUCCCCAUGAAGGAAGAGCAGCACGCCAACACAUCGGCCAAUUAUGACGUUGAGCUCCUGCAUCACCGAGAUGCUCACCUGGAAUUCUUCAAAAGUGGAGACUUGCAUAUGGCUGGCAGCAGCACUCGAGAAAAUGGACUCAAAGAGACGAUUACACUGAAAUGGUGCACUCCAAGAACCAACAGCAUAGAACUGCAUUACUGUACGGGAGCCUACCGCAUCUCCCCCACAGACGUUAACAGUCGUCCCUCGUCAUGUUUGACAAACUUUCUCCUCAACGGUCGAUCGGUGCUACUGGAGCAGCCGAGGAAGUCGGGGUCAAAGGUCAUCAGCCACAUGCUCAGCAGCCACGGAGGCGAGAUCUUCCUGCACGUGCUCAACAGCAACCGCUCCACCCUGGAGGACCCGCCCUCCAUCAGCGAGGGCUGUGGAGGCCGAGUGACGGACUACCGCAUCACUGAUUUUGGUGAAUUUAUGAGGGAGAACCGGCUCACUCCUGUUUCAGAGUCUGCCCAGGAUCCCUCGGGGAAGCUACCAGUUGAGAGAGCCAAGGCUCAGCUGGAACGCCACACUCGAUACUGGCCGAUGAUCAUCUCCCAGACCACCAUCUUCAACAUGCAGGCAGUCGUUCCUUUAGCUAACCUGAUAGUGAAAGAGACUUUGUCGGAGGAGGAUGUUCUGACCUGCCAGAAGACAGUUUACAACCUGGUGGACAUGGAGAGGAAGAACGACCCUCUCCCUAUUUCCACCGUGGGAUCCAGAGGCAAAGGCCCCAAGAGAGAUGAACAGUAUCGUAUAAUGUGGAACGAGCUUGAGACAUUAGUGAAAACUCACGCCGGAGCCACAGACAGACACCAGCGGGUUCUGGACUGCAUCAUUGCCUGUCGCAGCAAACCUCCUGAGGAGGAGGAGAGGAAGAAGAGAGGGAGGAAGAGGGAGGAUAGGGAAGACAAGACAGAGAAGAACGGCAGCAAGGACACAGAUGACAAAAGUUGGCAGGAGUCGGAGAGACUUAAAGGUUUGCUGGAUAAAGAAGAGCAGGAGUCAGAGGUGAUCAAGGAUUCCCCGGACUCUCCAGAGCCGCCCAACAAGAAGCCGCGCCUGUGUACGGAGGAGGUUCAGCCUCCAGAGAGAGCAAAAGGUCCGGUCUCGCUCCUCACCAUGUGGAGCAAUCGCAUCACUGUAGCCAAUUCCAGGAAGCACCAAGAGUUUGUUGGAAGAGUGAGCUCCGUCAACAACAAGUUCGAGUUGUACCAGCAACUCAAAGACGAAAAUGGGAUGGAUGUUCACGAAAACGGAAAGGCCUCCAGAUGAUGUUUCCACGGAUCCAUUGCUUCACCCCCGCCAAGGAUAGAGAUUUCGAGCCACAGUGUUUUUUCAGAGUCGGGUGUCACCUUAUACUCCCAGAACAACGGCAUCAAAUAACAUAGACAGUGAACUCUUAAUGAGGGAUUUCUAAUUUUUUUUACUCAUGACUUUGUAGAUAUGCUGUUCACAUAUUGUGUAACACAAUAAAA